GCUUCCGCCCUUCACCAAGAUGGAAGAAGCCGAGCCGUUCUUUCCGGCUGGCCCGCUUCCUCUGUAUACGCAUGCGUAUCAAGGGAUAAGUUUCCCCGUAGCUCCAGCUGAGAGAGCCGCUGUCCGGGUAAAGGAAAGGGGCGGAGAAAGGGCGGAACUUCCUCUUCUCGCGGGAGCGAGGGACGCGGGAGUGCCACGUCCGUCCGUGUGAACCGGGGAGCGAGAAGACCCCGGAGCCGAUAAUCGCCAUGGCCCACGGAGUCCCAGGGGCCAGAUGCUGGGCAGCUGUGGGGUUGGUGACUUGGGUUGCCUUAGAGCUGCUGGUGUCUGGACUUGGGGGCCACGCAGACUUGCAUGAAGAUAUGCAUGAAGAUUUCCACCAUCCUGGCCAUGGGCACUCACAUGAGGAUUUCCACCAUCCUGGCCAUGGGCACUCUCAUGAGGAUUUCCACCAUCCUGGCCAUGGGCACUCUCAUGAGGAUUUCCACCAUCCUGGCCAUGGGCACUCACAUGAGGAUUUCCACCGUCCUGGCCAUGGGCACUCACAUGAGGAUUUCCACCAUCAUGACCAUGGGCACUCACAUGAGGAUUUCCACCGUCCUGGCCAUGGGCACUCACAUGAGGAUUUCCACCAUCCUGGCCAUGGGCACUCACAUGAGGAUUUCCAGCAUCAUGGCCAUGGACAUUUGCAUGAUGAUCUCCAUCAUGGUCACAGACAUGCACCAGGACAUCAUGGCCACACACAUGAGAGCUUUUAUUAUGAGUCUGACUCCUUGCACAGUAGACAGUCACAUGAAGGAAAUGGACACAGAGGUCACACUCAUGACCAUGGACACAGCCAUGCUCAUGAAUACGGACAAAGCCCUAAAGGCAUUGGGGAUUCUGAGGUUCUAGGCAGUGGGCAGGACUUGGACACUGUCAGUCUUUGGGCAUAUGCUCUGGGGGCUACAGUGCUGAUCUCAGCAGCUCCAUUUUUCAUCCUAUUCCUUGUGCCUGUGGAAUCCAAUUCUCCUCAGCACCGCUCACUCCUGCAAAUCCUGCUCAGCUUUGCCUCAGGGGGACUUCUGGGAGAUGCUUUCCUGCACCUGAUCCCUCAUGCCCUGGAACCUCAUUCUCAUCAUGGGGAUGUAGAACCUCAGCUUGAGGAAAGACUAGGACACGGACACUCCCAUAGCCACCAGGGCCCCAUUCUCUCUGUUGGGCUCUGGGUUCUCGGUGGAAUUGUUGCCUUUCUUGUGGUGGAAAAAUUUGUGACACACGUGAAGGGAGGACACGGACGCGGACACGGACAUGGACACGGGCACGGACACGGGCACGGCCAGCGUGAAUCCUCCAAGGAAAAACAGAGCUCCGAUGAGGAAGAGAAAGAGAAGGAGGUUGGAGGAGCAAGGAGGAGAAGAGGAGCAGGCAGACAGCCCAGUGAUGGUCCGGUGAAACUGCUUAAAUCUGAAGAGGAGAAAGGAGGCUCAGACUUGCGUGUGUCUGGAUACCUAAACCUAGCUGCUGACCUGGCUCACAACUUCACAGAUGGUCUCGCAAUUGGGGCUUCUUUCCGAGGGGGCCGUGGACUAGGGAUCUUGACCACACUAACUGUCCUGCUACAUGAGGUGCCCCAUGAAGUUGGGGAUUUUGCCAUACUUGUCCAGUCUGGCUGCAGCAAGAGGCAGGCAAUGCGUCUUCAACUGCUGACAGCACUGGGGGCCUUAGCAGGCACAACCUGUGCGCUCUUGGCUGAAGGAGGGUCCCAGGGAAACAGUGCUGCUGGUGGUAGUGGUUCAGGUUGGGUCCUCCCAUUUACAGCUGGUGGCUUCAUCUAUGUGGCAACUGUGUCUGUAUUGCCUGAGCUACUGAGGGAGGCUUCUCCCCUGCAGUCCUUGCUGGAGGUCCUGGGGCUGCUGGGUGGAGUUGCUAUGAUGGUGCUGAUUGCCUACCUCGAAUGAGAGGUGGGAGACCCCUCCCCCUAAACCCUGGAGGGUAGAGUGACUUGGAUGGGGGCACUAGCCAAAGGGAGGAGGAGCCAAGUACCAGAACAAUAUACAGUCUAGAAGGGCAAUGAACUUGGGUCGGCCCUAUAGGCCUGAAGGUCUCAGAGGGCAGUAGACUUGAGAAUGAGACGCUAGAAUGGCCGUAGUACUGAGAAUUCACUGACAGUGAAGUUGGAUUUUAGGUGGCAUGGCUAAAUGUGGCCAUGGUAGAAGGGCCAGCCCCAAGAAUCAAGGAAGAGGGACCACAGAAUAGGGACUCCUGUCACCUGUGUCCCCCAUACCUGUUUUCAAGGGAGCAAGUUGCCCCAGCUGCUCCUCCAUCUCUCCUCUUGAGGAGGGCGUGCCUUUCUGAAAGGCCUGAGCCCUGGACCGAGGGGGUGGAGGGGAGGGGUCAGGAUUAAGGUCAAUCGUGUACAGUGAUUGGGGGGGCUUGUUACUAAUCUUCCACCUGUUUAGUUUUUGCUUUUUUUAUAUGAGUGGGGGGGGUCGGAUUGGGGGAAGGGUGGUGACCGGAAAUAAAGGCACCGGCUCUUUCACCCCA